CAUCCACCGCCAUCAUGUCCGCUGAGGAGCCCACCACCGCCCAGGUCGAGGAGUCGUCGGCCCAGUUCGAGCCCGUCAUCAAGCUCGACCAGGCUGUCGAGGUCAAGACGCACGAGGAGGACGAGGAGGCCCUCUUCAAGAUGCGCGCCAAGCUCUUCCGCUUCAUCGCCGACUCGGCCGAGUGGAAGGAGCGCGGCACCGGCGACGUCCGCCUCCUCCAGCACAAGCAGUCCAAGAAGGUCCGCCUCGUCAUGCGCCGCGACAAGACCCUCAAGGUCUGCGCCAACCACUACAUCACGCCCGAGAUGGCCCUGUCGCCCAACAUCGGCUCGGACCGGUCGUGGGUCUACAACGUCGCGGCCGACGUCUCUGACGGCGAGCCCUCGGCCGAGACCCUCGCCAUCCGCUUCGCCAACUCGGAGAACGCCAACCUGUUCAAGGAGGCGUUCGUCCAGGCGCAGGACACGAACAAGACGCUCCUCGGCUCGUCGGCUGCCGCGCCCGAGGUUGCCGCGUCGGACGCGCCGGUUGCGGGCGACGCGACCGAGCAGACGGCGACGGGCGAGCCGGUCGCCAAGGGCAAGGAGGCGGCGCCGUCGGCCGACGCGCAGGACGACGAGCCGCCCGUGUACAAGGACGAGGGCGUCGCGCCCCCGCCGGAGAAGACCGAGGUCGUGCAGGGCGAGGAGGUCAAGGAGCCGACCACCGAGACCCCGGUUGAGAAGGACGCGCACGCUGCGACUAGCGAGUCGGGCCCGGCCACGUCGUCGGCGUAAAGCCGCGAGUCGCACCCCUUGAGCUCUCUCUCUCUCCCCCUUUGGCCUCGUCGUCGUCGUCGUCGUCGUUUGCAAUCUCCUCGUUCUCUCCCCUCCACACCAUCACGAUCUAGUCACGCGAGGCCCUGCAUGUCCCAAGUUGUGCACUC